GGCCGUGUCGUCUUCUUGCUGUAUCCAUUCUUUGCUUUCUUCUUCGGGGCCUCUGUUUUGCACGACCUGUGUGGCCCGGCACACUGACCUUCAGCACUUUUCAGCAUUUAACAUGGCUACGACUGCGCCAGCAGCCCCGGAGGUAGCCCCUGGCAAGCCGCGAAUAUGGAGCUGCAACUGGAACUGGUGCCCGAGGACUUUCCGCCAGAGCAGCGACCUCGCGAGGCACUUGGAGGAUACACACUUCAACAACAUUGUUGCAGUCAAGAAACGCUACUGGGACGACUAUCUGCGGUCCGUGGAGGGACAGAGCGGCGCUACAGACAGUUUCAUGGCCGACAUACCAUCCCAUUCGACCAUCGAAUCCACCAGCACCGACAUCGCUUCCACUCAAGCGUCACCAGUCGCCCUCAACGCUACAAUAGAGCGCUCUCCCCCUUCUCCCCACACUCCGCCACAACCCAAACCACAAAUCCCGCGCAACAUUCACCGCGCCCGCUCUGGCUCACAACAAGCCACCGCCGCUAGCCAACCGUCCCCGGUCAGCAACAGCACACAAGAGCGCCUGUCCCCUCCGCCGCCCAGCACCCCGCUCCAGCCCAAACCGCAGAUCCCACGGAACAUUACCCGCGCCCGCUCCGGAUCGCAACAGAACCCCGCAGCCGCCCACCUCUCCCCCACACACGGAAAUGCGUCCCCCACACGCCCACUCGCCGACACCAGCCCACACGUCCACGUCCACGAACCGCCGUCGAGCUCGCCCGACUCGGACGCGCGCGCUGCGAAGCGCAGGCGCACGACGUCCUUCGCGGGCUACACUGCGCAGUCCUCGCCGAUGAGCACCCCCUCGGUUUCCUCUAUGCCGCCCUCGCCACCGCUCUCAAACAUGAUCACGGACGCGCUCAACGCGUCCGCGCGCAACAACGCAGGCACGGGCACACUCUCCCCGAGCCCCGGCAAGCCGCGCAGCAGCGGGUCGAGCCGCAGCCCGCACGUCCCCAUCCCGCGCCGCACGACACUGGGCCUUGGCGCGGUGUCCCCGACCCCAGGGUCGAGCUCGCUGGUGGAUGUCCUCAACUCGGGAAACCGGGGGACUACGUCGCCUAUCCCGCGGUUCGGUGCAGGGUCGGCGUUCCGCGCACAUGCUAGCAUACGAAGUUCUGCGUCCGUGCAGGCUGUCGAGGACGCGCUUACGCAGGACCUUGGGCUGAGUGCGGCCACGUCGCCCGCGCGGUCGCAGCCCUAUUCGCAAGGACGCUCGCAGCUGGGCGAGAGCGCGCAGUAUCCGGGUCAGGGCAACAGCAGCCAGACGCUGUCGCGGUCGGAACGCGCGAUGCAGUCGUCUUCGCAGGAGAGCGCCGAGUACCAGGCUUACCACGGCUCGCAUGCUGUCGAGUCCGACCCUCAGUCGCAGGCGCACUCCCCGGAGUCGCUAUCUGCGCGUUCACGACCAGUGGCUUCUCAGUCUCCGGUGGUGCCAACCUCAUCCUCGCCCGCGAAGCCGCAGAUCCCGCGCACCAACCGUGCGCAGCCCCCAUUCCAAUCGCAAUCGCAAUCUCAAUCACCAUCUAAGCCCCCCUCACAAACCGCGCCCGUUCCCAUCCCGCGGCGUACACUCCGGAGCCGGUCAAAGACCCCAGCGCCCGCUCCUGUGCCUUCCCCUACACGCUCUCAACACGGUCCGUACGCCGAGCUGGUAGAGGCACUAGUAAGGGCACACGACCCGGCCAGCCACCAGCCUCGAACGACGCGCAGCCGCGCCUCGUCUGCAUCUACCGCAAACGACCCUCCCCCACCCAAGAAGGGGAGGCGCGCGGGGUCGAAACCGCCGUCGACUGGGCCUGUGCGGAGGAGCAGCCGCGCGCGGUCGAAGCCGCCUUCUACCGGACCUGCCACGGGAGCAGGGAGGGAGCAAGGAUUCCCGAGAGGUCUCCCGGUCGUCGCAGAGCAGCCGGACGACGAAGGCGCCCCGCCGUCCCAGCCACAGCAGUCCCAGUCCCAGUCGCUGUCCCCGAACCACAUCCGCUCGGGCACGCUGUACGUGCCGAUCCCGCGGCGCACGCGCGCGCGCUCUAACACGCAGACGCAGUCGCAGACGGAGCCAUUACCGAGGGGCCCGGUGCCGAUGAAGCGCGAGCCGUCCCCUGCGCGAGGUGCUGGUGGGAGCCAGAGCCAGAGCCAGGACACGGACUCGCAGGAGUCGAGGCCGGGGUAUGUGGAGGGGUAUGGGUUCGACAUGGGCUCGCUCGUGCUGCAGACGCAGGCGCCGUACAAGUGGAGCCAGAGUCCGUGA